UAUAUAUUAAAAAGUGGCGACGACACGCUGCUCUCUCGAGGCACGAGGCAUGAAGAAACAACUGUCAUGCCAAGCUUAUCAAACCGAAUAAUGGUACUGCUUAUCAUGGUUUUCGCCAUUCUCUGCUUUACGGUAUCUACUAAUGCCGAACGAAAUAUUGGUGUUUGCAUACGAAACUGCGCGCAAUGCAGAAAGAUGUUCGGCGUGUAUUUCAUGGGACAGAAGUGCGCGGACUUCUGCAUGAAGUAUAAGGGAAAGCUCAUUCCAGAUUGCGAGGACGAGUACUCCAUUCGUCCUUUUCUUCAAGUAGCAGAGUAUGACUAUUAAUCCUCGGAAUCGAUAGGAACUCCUCAGCUUUCUCCAGUAUUUUUAUCUUCGCAUUAUA